UGGAGUCUCCGCCCUCGCCGCCUGCUAAUAUGUAUUGGUGUGCCGCUGAGAUUUCACUUCUCUGCAGUUACCUGCCCGAGCCUUGUUGUUGACUAAUCUGUGUGUUAUGAUCGAGUGGACGAGGAGCUGCCCGGUCCCUGCGUAACACGCCACAGUUGGCUAUGUCCCCAUCUCUGGCUCGAUCUGCUCCCAGCGAGCUCAACCACUGGUGGAGUCAGCUGCGGUUCCGGCUCCAGAACAAGAAAGGAUGGAACGAGAUGCUGGACGAGACGUUCAUGCUCCACACCAAACACAUCAACGACAUUCCUCUCUUCUACGCGGCAAACAACAACAGCGUCGGCUGCAUCAAGAAACUGCUCAGCUGCUCGUCCACAAAUAUCUUCGAGAGAGGUGCUCUAGGGGAGACAGCACUUCAUGUCGCGGUGAUGAGUGAAAACCUGGACGCAGCUGUGGCCUUGAUGGACGGAGCUCCGGAGCUCAUCAACGAGCCCAUGACCUCUGACCUCUUCCACGGCGUCACACCCCUCCACAUCGCCGUGGUCAAUCAGAACAUCAGCCUGGUCCAUCACCUCAUCACUCGUGGGGCCGAUGUGGCUUCACCGCGGGUCACUGGACUCUACUUCCGCAAGCGGAUUGGUGGGCUGAUCUACUAUGGUGAGCACAUCCUGUCUUUUGCUGCUUGUGCUGGGAAUGAAGAAAUCAUCUCCAUGGUGAUUGACGCAGGGGCCAGUACCCGGGUCCAGGAUUAUCGGGGUAACACAGUGCUCCACGUUCUGGUUCUGCAGCCCAACAAGUCAACAGCAUGUCAAGCUAUCGACCUGAUCAUGUCACGUGACGCCGAGCUGGACCAGUCGGUGCCGCUGGACAUGGUCCCAAACUUCAGAGCGCUCACACCUUUUAAGCUUGCCGCCAAAGAAGGGAACAUCGUGGCUUUCCAGCACCUGGUGAACAAGCGGCGUCUAGUCCAGUGGAGUCUAGGUCCUUUGACCUCUCACCUCUACGAUCUGACUGAGAUUGAUUCGUGGGCGGACAAUAUGUCCGUGCUGGAGCUGAUCGUAGCGAGCCCGCAGAGAGAGGCUCGGAGGAUUUUGGAGGUGACACCUGUGAGACAGCUGGUGAGUCUCAAGUGGAACCUGUAUGGAAAACAUUACUUCAGGCUGCUGAUGCUCCUCUACCUGUUGUACAUUGGGAUCUUCACUCUGUGUUGUUCAUACCGCCCCCUGAAGGACGCUCCGGAGAACUACACCAACUCUGACUUGGACAAAACGAUUAGGGUCCAAAAAACACUUCAGGAGAGCUACGUGACCUAUGAAGACACUCUGCGACUGGCAGGAGAGGUCAUCAGCCUCUUAGGAGCUCUCAUCAUCCUGCUGCUGGAGAUCCCCGACAUCCUGAGAGUGGGGGCGAAGGGUCACUUCGGCCAGACAGCACUGGGAGGCCCGUUCCACGUGAUCCUCAUCAGCUACGCUUGUCUGGUGGUGCUGCUGUGCAUCUUCAGAGGCUGUGGGCUGCAAGGGGAAGCCGAGCUGAUGGCUCUGUGUUUAGUGCUGGGCUGGAGCAACGUCAUGUUUUUUGCCCGCGGCUUUGAGAUGCUGGGUCCUUACGUCAUCAUGAUACAGAAGAUUAUAUUCGGUGACUUGACCAAGUUCAUGUGGCUGAGUUUCAUUGUCCUCCUGGGAUUCUCCACAUCUCUGUGGAUGGUCUACAUGACCCAGGACCCAGACUCCAUCCCUGCGUACCGCUCCUUCCCCAUCACCCUCUUCUCCCAGUUCGAGCUCAGUGUGGGCCUCAUCGACCUGCCGGUGGACCACACCUUCAUCACGCCUCCCAUCGUCCACGUGCUCCACUGCGCCUUCUCUGUGGUCUCCUACAUCCUGCUGCUGAACCUCCUGAUCGCCAUGAUGAGCGACACACACUGGAGGGUGGCUCAGGAGAGAGACGAGCUCUGGAGGACUCAGGUUGUGGCUACCACCCUGAUGCUGGAGAGGAGGCUGCCGCGCUGCCUUUGGCCUCGACUUGGUGUGUGUGGACUCAGCUACGGCCUGAGAGAGCGCUGGUAUCUACGGGUGGAGGACCGAAACGACCCCAUGAUGCAGAAGAUGCGUCGUUACAUCAAAGCUUUCUCCAAAGAGGACGAGAAGGAAGAGGAGAAGAACGAUCCGACGGCUCGGGAGUCGGACGCAGUGGGAUUCCCUAAGCUCAGACCCAGGAGACGACCCAUGUCCGGAUGGCAGGUGAUCCGCCACAGCGCUUUAGGUUUGGACUUGGAGCCGGAGCAGCCACAGGACGACCAGGACAUCAACUACGUCUAGAGACUCUCUGUGAAGCCGACGAACAAGACGACUCUGUGGACUCGGUCAAAGGUGCAAUUGUUCCCUCAGUAUUACGGAGCUUUGUAUGUUUCAUGGUGAAUCAACGAAGCGCUGUGGAACAUGUCCAGCUCAAGAUAUGAAUAUUUUAUGUUUUUAACUAUGCAAAUAUAUGAAAAUUAAAUUGUGGCCAACGGUGCAUGCAUGAGUGCGUAUGAAUGGUUUCGUGCAUUUUCCAUUGCUUGUUGUUGAAGAGCAGAUUAAAAAACAUUUUUCUUGUGUAUGAAAAGCAUUUAAUUACCAUGAUUCAAUAUUCUUUCUGAAGAAUGUACAUGUAUAUUUUCAGCAAAUCAUUCAGUUCAUCAUAUCCAUCUUAAUAGAUUAAAGAAAAUAGGGCACAAUGAAUAAAAAUAA